UAAACACAUGUUUUAGAGAGAGACCUUCUUUGAAAUGAAAGUGUGAGUGAAACACUUUUCCUACAAUAAAAUAUUUUAGCAAUUAUUUUAGAAAGAUUAUUAGUAUAUAGUUUAGUAGAAUGAUUAUCCUUGUCGUUGUUUAUGUUUUGGGUUAGAACAAAUUACUAUAAUUCGUCCCCGUCGGCGGAUCAGUCGACAUUUUUCACAAAUUUAACGAACAGAAGCCCUUAUUUUCAUAUUUGUUAUUCUUUAGUUUUAAUUUUGAAUCUAUUUUUUGGAAGAAAAUAAGUUUCGAGAUAUUUUGAACCUUGAAUUCUAUUUUUUAGAAAGGAAAGUGUGAGUGAAGCAAAUCGGGAAAGAUAAGAACCUAAGCAAAUCAAGGGAGUGAAUCAAGAUUUGAUUAGGAGGAUGUGAGUGAAGCCAACAAUAAUCUUGUUGGCUUCACUCACCAAAACAAGCUCCUAUCCAAGAUCAGAGAAAUCUUAUUAUAUCCAUUGUUGUUUCUUGUAGUUUUUGAAAGGCCUUGUAUAUUCGGCAAACAAUCAAGUUUGGCCUCCUCUUUGGGUCCAUACUUAGGUGCAAGAUCGCAUGAAAUGAGGAAGAGGACCUGUGAUUAUUACAACAAUCUUUGGAACAAUUUUAGUUUUACUGAUUUCAAGUGUUACCAGUAUUAUUAGCAUUCAGCAGCGUGAAAUUGAGCCUGGUAACAUGAAUCCUACCGAUCAGAUUUUGUUUACUCGUGGUCUUCUCGAUACUUCCCUUGUGGAAUAUAAUUUGCAGGAUUUAUCUUAUUCCUUGGACUGAUGAAUGACAGAUUGCAUCACUACAUAAGAGAACUCCGCUUACUCAGAAAAACAAUGGAGGCUGUAAAGAAACAAAGCCGGAGUUUAGAUGAUGCCAAGAAUGGAAGUUCUGAAGAGCUUGCUAGUCUGAAGGCUAUGAUCAAGACUCUUGAAUCGGAAUGUGCGGCAAAAACAGAUGAGCUAAAGGUCGCUGAAUCUAAAUCCGAGGCUUUGGAAAAGCAAUCGGAAGGCCUACUCCUUGAAUAUGAUCGGUUACUCGAGGACAACCAGAGCCUUCGCAGCCAGUUGCAGGAAAUCCGUCAUUUCUAUGGCAAGAAGAACAUGUAAUGUAAAACGUCUAUGUAACCUCAAACAUUUCACCCUCUUUUUCGGGCGUAAAUUGUUGCCUCAUCGGAAGAUGCUUGUUGUGACUCGUGCCAUAUUCUUCGUUGCAUAACUGGUGCUUUAGAGCUCUGUUCCUUCCGAACUAUUUAUAAAUCAACCUUUAUAUUUAGUAGACCUGCCUGAA